AACGGCAUUACGGGCGCAAUUGCAGCUGUAUCAACUCACAUUCGUUUGCAAUUCUGCAAUGCAGGGUCAAUCCCAACCGUGUCAAAAGGUUUCCAUGUACAUGUAGUGUGUAAAACCAGAAAUCACUAACACCGUGGGCUCCAAAACAAAAUUCUAAUUGAAAUCUUUCCAAUGGAUACCAACCUUACUAUGUGAGCUUGUGUCAGCUGGAAGUGGCAAUUGAAUCUGAUGCUUUCCCAUUUCUUUUUGGUUCUUUAUACGUGCUUUUAGCUAUGGGUCAUGUCUCACAUGGUCUAAUCAGAAUUGCUUUUUUGUUUCAACCUGGUACAAGUUGUGUUUUUUCACAAUUCACAUUUUCCUCUCCUGGUCCUGCACCAAUGAGACUGAUCUAUAAAUAAAUAUUUGCCUCCACAUUAUCUCAUCAUUGUCCACCACCAUAAUUGCUUUCCCCUCCAUUUCUCUUCAAGGUUUUUGCAGAUCCCAAACAAGGAAACACCAUGUCUAAUCCACCCCCAGUUCGUCCAUGGUUUCGCUUAACCUCCAUUCGCCCUGUUCCUACCCCUGCUCCAGAGCCACGCCCUUCUCUGCCUUUACCAACAUUUAGAACUUCUUCAGCACCAUCAUCACCUCAAAUUCAACCAACCCAACAACCUCAACCUCAAGAGAAGACAACUCAGCCACCACCUUCAUCUCCGCCUCGAAAAAUAGUUUCAACCUCACUUCCAUCUUCUCCAUUACGAAAGGCACCACCAUUUUCAUCUUCUUCUCCUCCUCGCAAUCCCCGUCCUCCACCACCACCACCAUCAUCAAGUUCUUCUUCCCCGGAGAAGAAAAAUUCCCCCAUUAACCAUGUGCUGCCAAGUCCUACUCCUCAUCAAUCACCAAAAACUAUAAGACAAUCUGAUCUUAGCCCAAUGAAUUCACCAAAAUCAAAACUUUCUGCUCGUCCUCCUUCUCCCCUGACUCUCCCACCUUCCCAGUUGAAAACAGAGGAGCCUAAUGUACCAGAUGAGGCAGAGUCAAAAGCAGUGCUCGUUCAGAAGACCAUCGACAAGCCUAAAGCUUGGCACCACAACAAUGGAAGUGGUGAACCCCAUAGGGAAACCAAGAAUCACGGAAAUCCCCAUCAUGGAAAACACGUUGCCCGCAGAGAAGGUGAAGCCAAGGAGAGAACAAGGGUUUCGGAUUCUGAGGACUCUGGCAUGAGGGUUAUCACAAUUGCAGGGGAAAACAGGGGAGCUUUUAUGGAACUAAUCCAGUCCCCGAACAAGAAAGAAUCUCAUUAUCUUCACAAGAAGGGAGGUGAACAUGUCAAAGUUGACGGUGGAGGAUUAUCAGAGAGUUCGGGUGCUGAGGAAGGAAAUACAAAGAAGAAGGAUAAGAAUCAGAAAGGGAGAACAGGAUCAUCAUCUUCGAUUCCAAUGACAGCUUACAUGAACAGCAAUGUACAGUGUGUGAACAACUCCCUCUUGUACCACACUUCUUGCUCCCACCACGAUCCAGGAGUGCGCCUUUCUCUUACAAAGAAACCAAUUGGUGAAGGUUACUAUCUCAAGGAACAUGUUGAUGGCAAGAACAAAUGAUUCAAAAUAGUGUUUGAGUUGAAGUUAGUUUAUUGGUUUCUUAGUGUUUCUUGGUAAUAAAGGUUGAGUGACCAAUGACCAUCAAUGGGAGAGGCAUGAAUCUAAUUCUUGUGCUUCACCUUUUCGUGGAGCCGGUCAAGUUGAAGAUUCUCCACUGCCUUCGAUGGAAAGUAAACGUCUUUUGUCAUUUGUUCAUUGAGAAUUGUUUUGCAAUACAUAAUGUAUCUCUAAUAAUGUUUUAUUAAUAUAUUUGUUCGGGUGUAAACUGUGCUUUGUUCAACUUGAUGGAUCUCUUACAUUAUAUACUGCAUUUUUAUUGCUCA